UUACUGGUUACAAAAAAUCUGGGUACUGGUUACCGGCUUCAUAAUCAAUAUUGGGAGUAUUUGAUGUUGAUAUGGGAGAUGCUGAACACAAUCGUGAAUCCUCCUCUUGCUUACCUUCAAGCAUUUGAGUUUAAUCUCCAAAACACUGGACAAAAGGAUUAUGCUCUUGAUCCAUCGUUUUGUGAUCCCUUCACUGGCUGUAUGUUUGUUUUUGAUGUCGCUCAGUUUGAUAGGAAUAGGAUUCUCAAAAUGAUUACAGUGCUCAACAAUGCUCUACUAUCUGAUCCAGUCAGUGGGUUCUUCAAUCCUUGUUCUUACACUAUCUUCCUCUCAUUGGUUUGAUUCUUGUUUUGGCUAUGAUAGUUUUAUGUUACAGCAGUUUCUUGAUGUCUUAUUUAUUCAUUUUCAAGUGAGUUUUCCAAAUAGAAAUGCAGAUUGCUU